AUAUGUAAUACAUAAAUAUUUGUUUCACGACCGAAAUGUGGGAAGUUAUAUGUAACACUGCACUCAAAUCAAUUUCAUUAACAUUUAGGAUGAUAUGGUACAUCAACAGGAAGUGUGAAGUAUGGUUAUGGAUUACCAUCAAGGUUGCUACUAAAUGAUGUGCAUUAUUUAUGUCACUCUGCAGUACAUUGUUAUUGUGAGUUUACACUUACAAUAAAAAUGUAUAAUAAUUCAGGCAAUAUAACAUACAUUUUAUGCUGAAAUAAGUCUUAUCUGUGCCUGAAAUUAUCAGUAACAACUAAGUCACCAAGUUGGAGAAAUAAUUCCUAGCUGGAUGUGAGGGCAGCAAUGCAUAACAGUGCAACUAGUAAAUUUUUUCCAUGUGGCCCAUUUGUUACCAGUAUCAAGAAGAGGUAGGAGAACUUAAUGAGACAGCCCGCCAACGUCCACACACUGUACUAGUUGCAGGAAUACAACAAGAAAACCGCCAUCUUCGUGAAUUGCAGCAAGAGAACAGGGAGCUUAGGGCAGCUUUAGAGGAGCAUCAGAAUGCAUUAGAACUAAUUAUGUCCAAAUACCGCCAACAAGUUACAAAACUAGUUUCAAGCAGUAAACAGGAUAUGACAAGUAUCCAUGCCAACAACAAUUAUUCUAAGUUGAUUUGUGAACAGUCAGAUAAAAUCUGUGAAAUGGCUGCUGUGAUGGAACAAGCUGCUGAGACAGACGACAAAAUAGCUUUCAGUGAACAGGAGCUAAUUUCUAAACUCACAACUGAAAAUAAAGUUCUUACAUUGAUGAGUUUGAAAACAGCCAUCUUCUGGGUUGCUGUGCCAUGCAGCCUGGUAAAUACUGACCAGUGUCUCAUAGGCGCUUACUGUCUGCAUUGUCAGGAGACAAGGCUUACGAGAACUGCUAGAAAUAUCAUCCAAAUUUGGUUCACUGCGUUCAUCCUUACUUAAAAUUGGGGCAGAAGACAAAGGAAGUCAAACAGAAGUCAUUCAAGACAUAUCCUGACAUGCAACUUAAUAAAUAUCAUAGCUAUGAGAAGACAUUAAAAUAAAAGUCUCAAAAAAUUGUAAUAAAACUGCAAGUAAUUUAAGUAUCACUUUAUGGUUUGCUAACCAAGUUGGAGGAAAUAAAGUUUAAUUGCAGAAAACAGUCAAUGUAAUGAAAGUAUUCAUAUUUCUGUAAUUAUUUCUUGCAGUUUAAUAUUUUCAUGAUAGUUCCAGUUUUGUUUUAAACAGUGGCCACGUUGUCUGAGGCAUGGAUGUUUGUCAGCGUCUUUGUGUUUGUAUAGGUAGAAGCCUUGCAGGUAGGGCUGAUCACUCAUGCAAGUUCUACCAAUGUCCAAAAAAUAGAUCAAUCAUAAAACCUCCAAGAGAGGUAAAAAUGCAGACCCUGCAAAUGCGGGACAAAUGCGAAUGAAGAAUAAAAAUCUAUAUAAAAUUAUUAUGCAGAAAGUAUUGGAGUGAAAAAUUUGAAAUUUUAAACAUAACUUAGAAGACACUCAGGGUGUGAUAUCAUGUGUAGCAGCCUUCUAGGUGGACAGGACAACACCAAAAAUAUACAGCAUUUACUUACCUCUUCGAGGAGACUAUUUAGAUUGAUUUAAGUCGAUGCUGGCAAUUUCACACAAGGUUUAAUAGGUCAACAUAAGUCAACUUUGGCAGUUAAUGUAUUAAGAACCCAAGCCAUGAAAACAAACACUAGCACCCUCAAGAAAUAUGUACUCCCUGUUCAGAUAUCUUCCCACAUUUUAUUUUCAGCAUCUUAUAUACACUGCUUGGGUAUGCCUACCACAACCUAUGGCCAAUACUUGUAGGCUGCAACAUAUUAGUAAGUUAAACACCAUUAAAGCCUAUUUUUGACAUGUCAGACCCCUGUUUAAUGCUGCUGCAGCUUGAGGGAUUUUAAUCUUUCAGCAGCAAGCUCCUCUGGCUUAUCAACAAAAUAUUUAUUUCCUUGGUAUAUCGCUUAAUUACCAGACGUAUUAUGUAUGUGAACUGUCAGCACCAAAGGUCUCUAGAUCCUGUGCCACCAGACUCCCUUCCUAAGGGGUUACACAGGCAAUGUAUGUAAUUUUCAUCUUAACCCUUUUACUAUUAGAAAUGGCUAAUGGACACCCUAUGACAUAUAAAUCUUGACUAAUAGCAAAGGAUUAAAUAUCAACUGAAACCCUAAAUUUGGAUUCCUGUUAAAGCUGACACAAAAAAAUCCGUGGAAUGCUGACAAUGAAACAUUUGUUAUAUUAUUGUUCAUUCCGAAUACUUGGUAUUUAUGAUAAAGGUUAAAGGAUGUGGCAGUGAAACAACUCAAAAAGUGUUAUACAGUGAAAUGUCCAUUUAAUGUGUCACCAGAGGAAUGAGGAUUGUAAGACAGAAGGCUUAGAAAUUCAGCACCAAGUGAAAAAAGCCCCUCAGUGAAUGGAAAUUAUGGUGUACCAAAUGUAAUAAGGUUUGCUAGUAUCUUCCCACCUGUGACCUUUUCAAAGAAUUUUAAACAUUGUUUUGUACCCAUUUUCAAUCACAUACCUGUUAUUAACUUUUGUAAUCAAUGUAUAAUUAAAUAUGUAUCAUGGUAAGACACCAUCUACCUUCUUGUCCCUCCACUGGAGGAAGUUAAUUACAUAAAACAAAAUUCACAUUAAAUAAAAACAGUUUAAUCAUGAA